AUGCGCCUCCUCCGCGACAAGCUCGAGUGGCUCCACACCUUCAUCCGCGACGCCGACCGCCGUCGCCGCCUCCGCGAUGACGAGUUCGUCGCCAUCUGGGUGCGCCAGACCCGCGAUGUCGCCUUUGAGGCCGAGGACGCGCUCGAUGACUUCCUCCACCACGCCGAGCGGAGGCGGAGGAAGGCCACGCUGGGUUCCGGGUGCAACGUCGUGCAGGGACGAUCUAGAGGACACAGUUGGGCUGGACAAGUACAGCGACAUGCCAGGAUCCUGUGGUCCAAGGAGUUGGCCCCGCCGGCGAACGAGAAGCAGCACAGGGGCGGCAGUAGCAACAGCUGGCCCCGGAUCAUGUCGCGGGCCUUGGUGCGCCUGCGGGUGGACGAGGGGUUUGUGCGCCCGCGCCGUGGGAGGACCAUGGAGGAGGUCGGGCAGGGGUACCUCAAGGAGCUCAUCUCCCGCUGCAUGGUGCAGUUGGUGGACAAGGACGACUUCGGCGCCGUGAAGACGGUGGUGGUGCACGACCGCCUGCACGCCUUCAGCAGGAUGAGGCGCAGGAGGCCAGCUUCAUCAAGAGCCACGACAGCACUGACGUGCUCGCGCCGGGCACCGGGCACCGCCUCACCGUCCUCAACACCACCACGGACAGGAAGGUCUACAAUUUGGACAAACAGGUGA